CUAAAUGGUUUAAUGGGGUGUUCAGUUCCUGAACGGAACAGGUUGUGUUUUGAUCAUUUCUGAGGAGUGAAAACGUUCGAUAAUUUACAGUAUAAUGUGUCUCUACGGGGCCACAGCGACUGUCCAACCAGCCAAUGAACGAGCGCCCAAGUACGUUCUUCCAGGGCUCCUAUUGGCUGAAGAUUACGUCAAUCUCGGGUGGAUAAUGGUAGGUUGCAGAGCAGGUGAAAUGUUGACUGUGGUUCAUAGGGCAACAAACAGCAGCGUACGCCACCGGGGGACAUCAAUGGUGGAGUACGCAUCCAUUCAGGGACAGGUCUGAGAGAGACCAUUACUGGGGCUUACAUGGAGAGCUGAAACUGAAUAUGAGGUUAACGGCCUUAAUGAUGUACAUAUCUCCGGUCCUGGUAUUUAUUUUGUAUGUAUAUGUUGGAUUUUCUGAAGCUGCACCUCGCAUCAGCCUCUACGAUGCGUCGCCAAUCUCCAGGAAGCCCGGCUCAGCCUCCGACACCUGGGGGAUCUUCCGCACCGACAUGCCUCGUACUUUACCCGAGAGCAGGUUGGCUUUCGGGCCUCUAACCGGUCUCACACCGUCGCCUGCCAUUGUUUCUGCCGGCCCGACCGCCACUGCAAGCCCUGUCUCUAAAACUGCGACCACCUUCCAGCCUCCAACCACGGACCCGACCACCACCACCACGACUAUUACGGCCACAGAUACUGGAUUAAUUUCAGCCACCACAGAACAAAUAACAGCACCGAUUUUUAGAGUAGCCGGUGCACGCAAAAGAUCCACCGAUGCACAAACAUCACUUUUUGCUCCGGAGAAAAUGCUGCAGACCAUGGUGUCCAUGGUUUCCCAGCGCACCGCCAACGAUGCCUGGGCCGCAGAUAAUACUGGUACAUCUGUUACCUCAGUGGAGAAUAGUCAAGAGGGCCUUUGUAACUGCAGCAGCAGCAGUGAGGGGAUUUUGGAUCCGGACGAGUGUGACCAAGGCACCGGUCAGUGUUCAUGUCUGUCAGGAUACACUGGUCUGCAGUGUGAGGACUGUGAGGAGGGAUACUUCACCAAUGGCACCAGUGGUUGCCUGCCCUGCGCCUGUGACUCCUUCGGUGCAGUGAACCACCUCUGUGACAGCUCAGGGAUAUGUGUGUGCAAGACGGGAGUGUACGGACCCAAGUGUGAUGAGUGCCAUCCGGGUUUCUUCCACUUCAGCAGUACUGGCUGCCGGCCCUGCCAGUGUCACAACCACACCAGCUACUGCCAUCCACAGUCCGGAGUGUGUCUGAACUGUGAGGGCAACACCCAGGGAUCCAACUGUGAGGAGUGUAAGCCUGGUUUCUACCGCAGCCCUGGAGCGGCCCGGACCGAAACCUGUGCACCGUGUCCCUGCUCCAACUCCACCUCCACUGGCACCUGUCACACCGAUUCCAGUGGCUCUCCAGUGUGCGACCAGUGCCUUCAUCGGUACAGUGGCCCACAGUGUGACAAGUGCAGCGCUGGCUUCUACAAAACAUCUGGGGCUUGUGUUCCAUGUGACUGCAGUGGGAAUGCAGACCCUCAGGGUCCCGCCCAGCUCUGUCACCCCGACACCGGUCACUGCCUCCGCUGCACCAACAACACCACCGGGUCCCAGUGCCAGCUCUGUGCUCUUGGAUUCAUAGGGGACGCCCGAGCACAUAACUGCAGCCAUCCAGCGCCCCGACUCAUUCCCACACCAGCAGAUACAACCACAACGGAGGCCCCCACGUCCCCCUCCGUGUCUGCCACCAGUACCACUCUGACCUCCGUCACGAGAGGCGUCCCGGCCUCCACAUCCAGCAGCAACACGAGUACUGCACUGAGUACCGCUGCCACCACCCAGGCCCUGCUGACCAGCCUGACCAGCCCCACAGACAACACUACAGCAGCCCUGACAGAGGUCUCCUGGACGCAGUUCAACAUCAUCAUCCUGGCCGUCAUCAUUCUGGUGGUGCUGCUGCUGCUCGGCUUUGUUGGAGGCGUGUACACCUACCGGGAGUACCAGAACCGCAAGCUCAACGCCCCUUUCUGGACCAUAGAACUGAAAGAGGACAACAUCAGCUUCAGCAGCUACCAUGACAGCAUCCCCAACGCUGACGUGUCGGGCCUGCUGGAGGACGAGGCCAACGAGGUGGCACCCAACGGCCAGCUGGCACUUACCACACAGGGCAACUGCUACAAGGCUUAGCACUCCAUCCACCCCCAAGCUGGACACCUAGAUUUACAGAUGACACAAAGCUGCUGGAAAGUACCAAAUCCAAAGCUCCUUCUUGUAUGACUGCUUGUUGUUAACCUGCUCAGCAAUGACACUUCAUAACACUCGGCAAACUGACGAUGUGAUCAAAGAUAUGAAAGAGUUUCCACUUGAAAUAUUUCCCCUUUUUGAUAUAAUUUUGUGUGGAAUGGGCGAUCAGUGAAAAGGAUCCAAAGACUAAAGUGUUUUGUUUGAGUUGUGCCUGCAGAGGGCACUGUUGUGCAGAUUAGUUAGGUAAUUGGCAUCGUGUGAGACAAAUGCAAAGCAUAGACCUGCUCACUCAAACAAUGAUCCUGACACCAGUUAGAGAACUUACAGGAACCUAGCAUUUCAGAUAUUUUUAAAAUGGACUUUUGACUGUUUAAGUUGUAACUGGAUCACUUGGAACAGUGAUCUGAAACUGAGACAAUGAUUGUUAUUUAAUGAAUUUUUAUUCUGUUCUUAUUUAUUGGUUGACGUUUCAGUCUUGGGAGAAAUGCUGCACAUGUAUGAUGUGUUUAUUGUGUUUAUUCAUGGUGUUUUAUCUGCUGUUGAAUGGUAAUUUGAAUUGGCCAGUAUGUUCUCAUGUAUAGUUCACGUGUUUUGGAGAGAGUCAUGGGGAAGAUGAAGGCUGCUGGCACAGGCAUUUUAACAACCUCAUCUUUUGUUUAUAGCUUCCUGUUUGUUAAAGUGUGCCAGCUCACCUGAUGUAUCUAAGAGGAGCGUUUCUUUUACAGAUACUACACCCACCGUUUAUAAACUCUCACAUUUGUCACUACUGCAGGACUUGCAUAAACUGCUGUAAUCUACUCCUAAUCUUAUCUGCGAACAAACCAUCUGAAAAAUGCACACAUGGGGUAUGAAGAGGUUGGGUUCUGUGACUCAGUCUCAAAUGAUUGGAUCAUCAGAUCUCUAGAACAGAAACAGUGUUCUAGUGUUGAUACUGCUGUUACAGAGUGAAACCAGCCUGCACAGUGUAAAAAGUCCUCAGUCUACCGGUCUUUGUUAUCUCAUAUGGUUGAGUUGCAUCAGCUACAACAGUAAGCUGUUGUGAAAUCAGUAGACUUCAAAGCUUCACACCUAAUCUUAGACAUGGAUCCUGUGUUUUCUGUGUUUCAGUUACCAUUGGUUGGGUGUGUUUGUUUUUACCACGGUGAAUGAGUAAAGCUAAUUAUGGAACUAACUCCUCAGGUACUGGCUCUUUCCCUAAUGUGAUCACUGUAAAUAUGAUUACUGUACAGAUGAAUGUGAAUAGUAGCACUAUUAAUGUACAGGUAGAAUACUGUGUGUACACUGUCACUCAACAAGCUCCCAACCUUUCACUCUCUCGAGGGUGUGAUGUUGCUGUCAGCCCACAGCUUUUUGUAUUUUUAUUUCUUAUUAUCAGUGGACAUUGCCAUCAACUGUAUGCGACUGCAGGACUAAAAAGCACCACCCUGAACUUAGAACAAAGAAUGAAACAAUGUAAAUAAUAACCCAACGUCAGAGGUCAACUCUCUAAUAAAAUUGGGGUUAACUGUU